AUGCUUGUCUCAGCUCGUCUAUAUGCCGUGGUUCUACAGGACUACUCAGGCUGUAACACUGCCUCAUGUCUCCACACAGGAAGCCAUGCUACCUCCAUAGUCAACUGUCUUCACAUACUGGGCCAGACACUGGACGCCAGGCAGCGUCCAGCCCUCGGUGAAUGUCUUGCAGCGUUCUCGGGGGCGUUCCCUGUGGCCUUCCUGGAACCAGAGCUCAACCAGUUCAACAACUACUCCAUCUACAUUACCAAGGGCUCCCGGGACAGAACAGCUCUCGAUCUGCCCUUCCAGGUCGGAGAGAUGUGUCCAGUCAUCCCGUCCCUGGAGAAGUCUCUGGAGGAGAUCAUGGAUCUGGCUGAGUCCGGCCUGCACUAUACGCAGAUGCCUCACGUUAUGGAGGUGGUGCUGCCCAUGCUAUGCAGCUACAUGUCUCACUGGUGGGAGCACGGCUUUGUGUGA